AGAAACAGUUCAAGGAAUUUAAGGAAAAUAUGCAUUUAUUGAUAGUUGUGUGAUAAAUAGAAUCUUUCACUCGUCAAGACUCGGAACCAUGGCUACCGAAGACAAAAAGAGUCUCCCAGGACAUACUGAUGAGGCUUACCCUGAGAUCUUCAACAAAAUGAUUCCACAACCAACAGAGAAGAAACAUGGUCAACUUCCAGAGAAUAUUGUUAAACAGUUUUUUGAAAAGGGAUAUGUGGUUGUUGAAGAUUAUUUCCCAAAGGAACUCCUAGAAGAAACAAAGAAAGGUAUUGAAGUAUUAGUAGAUGAUUUGGCUCAGAAACUAUAUAAAGCUGGGAAGAUAAAAAAUCUGUACACUGACGUAGGAUUAUUUCAAAGACUGACUAAAAUAGAAGAAGAAUUUCCUGGUGCUAAUAUACUUCUUCACAAAUCUUCAACUAGUUUUAAGCCUUUUAAAAACAUUUGGGCAUAUGAACCGUUAUUGAAUGCCGUAGAGCAGUUGAUAGGACCAGAAAUAGCUGCUCAUCCUGUUUGGAAUCUGAGAACUAAAACUCCUCAAAAUGAAGCCACUACUGUUCCUUGGCAUCAAGAUGUUGGAUACCUAGAUAAUUCCUCAUAUAAAGUUAUGCAAGCUACAGCAUGGAUACCAUUUUUAGAUGCUACACCUGAGAACGGUUGUAUGCAGGUAGUAGAAAAAGGUCAUAAAACUGGUAAAGUAGCUGAUCAUCAAUGUUGUUAUGGUGGUACAUGGUAUGUUAUGUUAUUUGAAGAUGAGAUGGAGAACAAACUCGAUGUAGAUGUUAAAAGAGAUGUAAGAACAUGCCCUGUGCCGUAUGGUGGUAUGCUCCUUAUUAAUAACGUCAUACCACAUAGAAGUUUAUCAAAUUUAUCUAAUGAUAUCAGAUGGAGUGUUGAUUUACGAUGGCAAAAUCCAAAUUACCCUGCUGGAUUUUAUGGUAUUAAAGAGAGCUUGCUAUUACGAUCACCAAAAUAUCCAAAUUUAAAAGUUGACUGGGACUCGUGGAAUAAUGUGGAUUAUAAAGGUUUGGCAAAGAAAAUGGUAGAGGUUGACAUGCCUGAGAUAACUGGUGAUGCGAACUGGGACGAAGACAUUGAUAAAGAAUUUGAUACAACAAUAACUGGUCCAUGGAUGAAGAAAUGGGAUUUGAUUCAUAUGAACAGACAUACAGAGAAAAUGUUAACAGAGGCGUGAUAAAUAUAGUAUGACCUUCGUAAAUGUAACCUCUUUUUUACUAUCUUACACAUGUUAUCAUUACAUGUGUCCUUCAUAUUUUGAUAAUUUCAAUAUUAUCUUAGAUAAUAUCUUAGAUUCACGUUACCUUCGUUUCACGUUUCAAAAAAUAGCACAAGGUAACAGAACAGUUUUUAGCCCAUUUCUCUAAUAUUCCAAAUCUGUUACAAUUUUGAUAUGUUAUUUGUAUAUGUUGAAUUAAAGGUUUAACUGGU